CGGUGGUGAUAACCUACUACAGGACAGCGGUGGGUCUGACAGGAGCACAAGAACACCUCUCAGCGAAAAAACAAGCAAAAUAUGUUUUCUCUGCCUACAAGCUUUCAGUCGCAGGGAACAGUGCCUUUGACCCAUCUGAUCAAUGUGGUUCAGUACUUGAAGAGUUCAGCCAACUCGGCCGUAACUGCAUCAGUACAGAGUCUGCAGAAAGACCUUUCACCUGAACACGACCCACUUCUCUAUGAGCCCAAGGUAAACCUGAAGGAGCUGGGUCUGUCAGAGCUGCGGGCCGGUCAUGUACGGGAUGUUCUAGAGCACCUGCUGCCUUCUGCACAUCCAGAGGAGAAAUCCAUCUCCAGCACUGCUCAAAACUCAACAGCAUGGAGAACUUCUCACAUUUCUGCCCCCUCCUUCUUCCAAAACAAAUAUGGGUUCUCUCACAAACACUCAGGAUAUUUUGGCUCUUCAGUGUUUCGCAGGGAAAGUUCCAGUCCACUUCAGGCAGCCUGUGUAGAUCUGCAUCAUCUGCAGUUGUGGGUCCAAAACAGAGGCUUCAAGACAAUGAAGUCCAAGAGCAGACAUCUGCGCUCCAGCUCUGAAGGUCCAGUAGAGGCAGAUAAUUAUACUCCAGUCUUUAUGAAGGGCCUAAUCAUGAAGGACAAAACAGACACGGGGAGUUUUGAGCAGUUAUUAAAACAGAAUAACUUGCCAGAAUCGCAUCAGGAUGCUUUUAAGACUGGUUUUACAGAGGGCUUCAUGAAGGCUCAGGCUUUGACAAAGAGGACACAAGACUCUGUGAAGAGGACACGUCUGAUUAUUUUUGUUCUCCUGCUGGCGGGAAUGUAUGGUGUGUCCAGAAGUCCUUUCUUCUCGGGUAAAGGAUCGUUUUCAGACACUGUUCGCUUUCGCACCACCUCUGGUCUGGAUUCAGCCGUGGACCCUGUUCAGAUGAAGAACAUCACAUUUGAACAUGUGAAAGGAGUAGAGGAGGCCAAAAAUGAACUUCAGGAUGUUGUUGAAUUUUUGCGAAACCCCCAGAAAUUCACUGUGCUUGGUGGUAAACUUCCCAAAGGUAUCCUGCUCGUAGGGCCUCCAGGAACAGGGAAAACCCUGUUGGCCAGAGCUGUUGCCGGUGAAGCAGACGUGCCCUUCUACUACGCUUCUGGGUCUGAGUUUGAUGAAAUGUUUGUUGGAGUCGGAGCGAGUCGCAUCAGAAACCUUUUCAAGGAGGCCAAAGCUAGCGCACCAUGUGUAAUCUUCAUUGAUGAGCUGGACAGCGUAGGAGGGAAGAGAAUCGAGUCUCCAAUGCACCCGUACUCCCGACAGACCAUCAACCAACUGCUAGCUGAGAUGGAUGGGUUUAAACCCAAUGAAGGGGUCAUUGUAAUUGGAGCUACAAACUUUGCUGAAGCUUUGGACAAUGCUCUGGUGAGACCAGGUCGCUUUGACAUGCAGGUCACCGUCCCAAUCCCAGAUGUGAAGGGACGCACAGAAAUCCUGGAGUGGUAUUUGGAAAAAAUUAAAGUGGAUUCUGCUAUUGAUGCAGAGAUCAUUGCGAGGGGAACGGUGGGCUUUUCUGGAGCCGAACUGGAGAACUUGGUGAAUCAAGCAGCACUGAAAGCAGCCGCCGAUGGGAAAGACCUGGUGACCAUGAAGGAGCUGGAGUUUGCCAAGGAUAAGAUCCUGAUGGGCCCAGAGCGCAGGAGUGUAGAGAUAGACAAGAGAAAUAAGACGAUCACCGCUUAUCAUGAAUCAGGACACGCUAUAGUAGCUUAUUACACCAAAGACGCAAUGCCUAUCAACAAAGCUACCAUCAUGCCACGCGGACCUUCACUUGGACAUGUGUCUUUGCUGCCAGAGAAUGACCGCUGGAGUGAGACGCGGGCUCAGCUGCUGGCACAGAUGGAUGUCAGUAUGGGCGGCAGAGUGGCUGAAGAACUGGUGUUUGGAAAUGAUCACAUUACCACCGGAGCAUCCAGUGACUUUGAUGGAGCCACUAAAAUCGCACAGAUGAUGGUGACACGGUUUGGAAUGAGCGACAAGCUGGGGGUCAUGACCUACAAAGACCUGACCAAUCACAGUCCAGAGACACGAGCAGCUGUAGAACAGGAAAUCAGAGUUCUUCUGCAGAGUUCAUAUGAAAGGGCAAAGAAGAUCCUGAAGACCUACAGUAAAGAGCACAAGCUACUGGCUGAUGCCCUGCUGACUUACGAGACGCUGAAUGCCAAGGAAAUUCAGAUGAUCCUGGAAGGAAAGUCGCUGGAUCCCAGAUGAUGCGGUCUUGGAUUAACAAAGACUUUUCAAGGCACAAUCUGACUUUGUCUGUAAAUAUAAACAUCUGCAACAAGCAAGUUCAUCAAAGACUUUUCUUAGUAUAUUUUACCCUUUUUUUCUAGCAACAUGGCGUCUUUCGAACAUUUUCUAAGCCAGGGUUGUCCAGUCUCGGUCCUAGAGGGCCAGUGUCCUGCAAAGGUUAGUUUCAACUCCAAUCAGACACUCCUGGGCUAGCCAAUCAAGCUUUUACUAGGCAUUCUAGAAAGAUCUGUAUUGAUGCAAGUUGGAGCUAAAAUCUGCAGGACACUGGACCUCCAGGACUGAGUUAGUAAAAAAUUCUUUAUUAUUAUUUAUUAAUCCACAGUAGUCAACAUUUGAAGUGAAUAAAAAAAGUUUUUCGAAAUUGUCGUCAGAAAAGAAUUGAUAUAAUUGAGUUGUUUUAUGACAACUUUGAUCCAUUUCGAAUGUUGACUACUCCCAGCAAAAAAUUUUGUGUUUAAGAGACGUCUAAUAGACAUCUAAAUGUAGACAGCUUGGCUGAAGCAAGGCUAAACUUGGGCUGUCAGUAAAAAUCUAAUAGACAUCUAAGAAUAGCCCAGAUUAGUCAAACAGACAGAUUAGACAGACUUUGUGUAGUCAUUCAUUUCUGUUUAUUUGACGACUAGUCUAGUUUUGGCCUAUUCUUAGAUAUCAAUUUGAUUUUCCCUGACAGCCCGAAUUUAGCCUUGUUUUAGCCAAGACGACUAUGUUUAUACGUCUAUUAGAACAAAAAAGUGCCAAAAGUAUAUAAGCUUGCACAAUGAACCAAUGGGAAUAGUAACUAAUCAGUCAGACUGUACAUUCUGUGCUUUGUUUUUAGAAGCUAAGUAUAAAACAAGAGAAUUACUUGUCUUAUUGUCACCUAGUGAUCAUAAUAACUGAAAACAAAGCAAUAGCUUUCUCUCAUAAAUGAUGUGUUUUGCAUAAAAUCAAAUGUCUAUAAGUUUAAAUCCGGAUGCCUUUCAAUAAUCACAGUAGAGAUUUUUUAUUCCUGUGCAACAUUAAAUCACAAAUUUCUCAUCAAAUUUUGAAUGUGACCUCAGAAUGUCAGUAUUGUUUUUACUUCUACAGAUCUCAAAUGUGAUCAAAGUACUGUAUCAUUUCCUCUGGACCUUUCCACUUUUUUCUGGCCCCUGAUUUUAUUCAUUAACUUAUUUAUUUGAAUAUACUUUUCCAUGUUGCUAAAAGCCUCUGUUACUUAUGGGUUUGUCUGCAUGCAUGCGUUUAAACGGCGUGACUGGACUGUAUAUAUGUGUGUCUGGAAGAAAUGUGAGUGUGCUUUCUUUUGAAAUUAACAUGGAUUGACUACAAAUAAAUGAAGUAAAGACUU